UAUGUUCAGAAGUACCUAUGCGGAAAUGUGUGCGCGGACCAUCUAAGUGCACAGAAUUUGAUAAAAUCUGAAAAUAUGGAAAAAUAUCUUUGAAAAUAAAGGAUGGGAGACAGUCCCUUGUUGUGAGAACACUAUGUUGUAUACAACAAGGGUUGCUUGGAUACUAAAGCACCAUAGCGACCUUAGUCACGCUACUUGGCACGAUGUACCAACCAAUGAGAAGGAUGAACUGGUAGCUCGUGUUCAGGCUGAUUUCAUCCUAGACUGGACAAAGAAAAAUCAUCAACUAAUGGUAAUGAAGACAUUUCUGAAGAGAUUCAAUGCAAUACGGUAUGAGCUGCAUAAGAUUUACAAGACAUUCGAGAAUGCCGAAGAAGCACUGGCGAAUAGGCCAUCGUGGGUGAACCCAGAUGAUUGGGUGAAGUUAUGUGGGAGAUGGUCAAGCGAGGAGUUUAAGGUAAGGAGAGUCUUACAUUGUUUGACAUGCUUCUUCAAUUGA